CCCUCUUUUUUCUCAUUAUUCACGCUCUUGAUAGACUUCUCUCCUUCCUUCCUACCAAACUUUUCGUUUUCUUUUUUUUUUCUGUUUCGAAGAUACUCUCCAGUUUUCUCAACAUGUCUUUAGUAGCAGCUUCUCAGAUCCUUCAGUUUGCUCCAAAUUUUGAUUCCUUCACGGUAUAUCUACAGAUUCCUCUUCCUUUCCUUCAGGGUUAAUGAAGCUGAUCUGUCUGUUGACCAGGAGCACAAGACGCUUCAUAUGUCUGUUUUCAUCCACUUUGAAUGUUCUUAUAAAAGGAUUUUAUCCUAGAAACGUUGUCAGAUACAUCAGUUGCUACUAAGCUUUUACACGAUUGAAGUCUGAACAGUUACAGUAGAUACUUGAUAAAAUGGACCGUGCAGAUACAUCGGGGUUUGUAAGCGGAGGAGGAAUGCCUUUGGAAUUUCUUCUGUUUCUUAAUCUGUUUAUGAUAUGUAUACCAGUUAGUAGUAUGUACUAAAGACUUGUUUUCUGUAAGUUGUGCCUACGUCCUUUACCUUAGUGUUAUAGUUCACAGCCUCUAUGGAUUUGAAUACAAAUGUACGGUUCUCUCAUGUGUCUGAACUCUCGAAAAAUGAAAAUUUUGGGGAUACCACUCUGCGCCUGAACUUUCUUGGUCAUGGAGGAAGCAACAAGGCCGGAUUUGGAAGUACUCAAAGCGAUCUUCAUGUUGAUCUUUCAAGUGCACCUGAUGAUGGCUGCAGGUUGGUUCUGGGGUUGGGUCCAACUCCUAGUGUAUACUGCAAUGAUUAUCACAAUGUUGGCCUCAACAAGAACAAAUCGACAGCAGCUUUAUUCACACCAGGUUUAUCACCUGAGGAUAACUCUAUCCUAAAACUUGGUCUUUCUGGAGGGACGAAGGGAAGUAUGAAUCUGUUGGAACGUUCUUUGUCAACUGAGACUGAUGUUAGUGUGCAUUUUUCAAAUCAGUUUUCUGCAGAAGGUAGUCAACUUUCAAUACCUUUUGUUGAUGAGGGUUCUACUUCGGCCAAGAAAUCUGGUGGCUAUAUGCCAUCACUCCUCUUGGCUCCAAGAAUGGAUAGUGGGAAAGCUUCGGUGCAGACACACGAACUAUUCCAAUUUGGAGCUAAAUCUCAUUCUCAUCAGUUUCAUCUGAGUUGUGAGCACUCUACUCAGACAGAUUUCUCUGUAGACACAAUCUCUGAGCAGACCACCACUAUUACGUCUUCCGAUUACCGAACUAGCAAUUCGAAGAAAUGCAAGUUUGCUGGUUGCUUUAAAGGAGCAAGAGGGGCAACUGGUCUUUGUAUUGGUCAUGGAGGCGGACAACGAUGCCAAAAAGCAGGGUGUAACAAGGGUGCUGAGAGCCGAACUGUCUUCUGUAAGGCUCAUGGUGGAGGGAGGAGGUGCCAGCACUUGGGUUGCACUAAAAGUGCUGAGGGGAAGACCGAUUUUUGCAUCGCACAUGGUGGAGGCAGACGAUGUGGGUUUUCUGGAGGUUGCACAAAGGCUGCACGAGGUAAAUCAGGGCUUUGCAUUAGGCAUGGUGGGGGAAAAAGGUGUAAGGUGGAAGGUUGCACACGCAGCGCUGAAGGACAGGCUGGUUUGUGCAUAUCUCAUGGUGGUGGUCGUCGUUGCCAGUUCCCUGCAUGUACUAAGGGUGCUCAGGGGAGUACCAUGUUUUGCAAGGCUCAUGGCGGUGGAAAACGAUGUAUAUUUGCUGGGUGUACCAAAGGGGCUGAAGGGAGCACACCAUUGUGCAAAGGACAUGGCGGGGGAAAGCGUUGCCUCUACAAUGGUGGUGGCAUUUGUCCCAAGAGUGUGCAUGGAGGCACCAACUUUUGUGUUGCUCAUGGAGGUGGGAAAAGGUGUGUAGUGCCAGGAUGCACAAAGAGUGCACGCGGUCGCACCGACUGCUGUGUCAGGCAUGGUGGUGGAAAACGGUGCAAGUUCGAGAAUUGCGGCAAGAGUGCCCAAGGAAGCACGGAUUUAUGCAAGGCCCAUGGUGGGGGCAAAAGAUGCUCCUGGGGAGAAGGCAAAUGCGAGAAAUUUGCAAGGGGCAGGAGUGGUCUAUGUGCAGCUCACAGUAGCAUGUUGCAAGAGAGGCAGGCAAGCAAGGGAGGGCUCAUUGCACCUGGAGUUUUCCAUGGUCUUGUAUCGGCAACAUCAACCACAGGAAGCAGCUCCAACAACUAUCACUCAUCUUCAGGCAAUAGUGUCAUUUCUGAUUGCAUCGAUUCACCAGACAAGCCAGUGGAAAGGCAACAACUCAUACCUCCACAGGUAUUGGUUCCACUAUCUAUGAAGUCAUCAGCCUCAUACUCAAGCUUCUUGAGUUCCGAGCAGCAAGAUGAAGGAAUAAACAGGCAUGGCAAUCACAUUGCCGGGGGUGUUGGUAACACAAGCUUCGACUUCUUGAUCCCAGAGGGGAGGGUCCAUGGCGGGGGUCUCAUGUCAUUACUUGGUGGAAAUCUGAAGAACCCCAUUGAUAGAAUUUGAAGUCCAAAUUUACUUUGGAAUGAAGAAACCUAUUGUGGAUUUUAAGUUAAUUAUUCAACUGUGGAAUUGUUUAUAAGAUCUGGUGGUUGUAGAGAGACUCGGUAUAUAUAGUCGUGUGUUGAUUAAUAGUGGUAUCAUUGUCACGGUAUUGGUUUACAGCAUUGGCCAAUGAUGCAUGGCUGCUGUACUCUUUUUUUUUUUAGUUCAUAAUUGUUGUAAUUAGACCAUGGUUAUAUUUUCUGUCAUUCAUCUAUUGUUUGUGUUGUUGGUGGUGAGGUUAUUCUCUUUGUCCCUGUAAUUGUUUUCACUUGGCAUGACGGCUAUCCUAUUGAAAGAAGAUGAGUGCAAUAAGGGUCUGCUAAUAAUACCAUGUAUUAUCUGAUAAUCGAAUAGGUUCUUUAUUUUGGUUUAAA